UAAAGUUGGCCGGAGGGAAGGAACGUCUCACACUCCUCUGUGUGUGCGUGUCUGUAUUGCGUGUGUGUGGACGGCGAAUUAUUUUGCUAACUGUGUAAAACAACGUUUUGAUACAAAUUUAGGUGCUAUAAAAAAGAAAAGAAAAAAGAAGAAAUUGUCGGGUGUGUUUUCUGAAGAAUCUAUGGAGAUAAAGUCAAUGGUAUUUGAACUGCUUGCGCGCGGUGACUGACAUCUACAGAAGUUUACAGCAAUCAGCGCGUGUAUUAAGAAGUGUCGCGCGAAAACACAGGGCGCGAGAGGAAUACAGUUGCACGUUUUAAUUAAACAGUUUGAAAUCGCUGGAUGCGCGCGUGAGGAUUUUUGAUGUGGCGCCCAGUUUAUAUAGAUACGAAUCGUCUGGUGUGUUUAAAGAGGAUGUAAGCAUGAUGUUUUAUUUAUCAGUCGCAAGGAACGGAUUUAUGAACAUUUUCAACUGUUGACUGAAGAACCAGAGAGCCCUGGUAGGGACAUCAUGGAACUUUUUUGGAUAGUUUUCUUCAUAUUUGACAUUAUUUUCAUGACAGAGUGUGCUAGAGGUCCUCCACGUGCAGCAGAGAAGGUUGCUCACCGACAGACCGCCAGAAUUGGACGUACCAUGAAACUUCAGUGUCCUGUGGAGGGCGAUCCACCACCACUCAUCAUGUGGACCAAAGAUGGUCGACACAUCCACAGCGGUUGGAUGCGCUUCAGGGUCCUUCAGCAAACCCUCCGCAUUAAAGAAGUGGAAGCAGAGGAUGCUGGGACAUUCAUUUGUAAAGCCACCAAUGGUUUUGGUAGCGUCAACAUUAACUACACCCUCAUCGUCAUCGAUGACUCCAGUACUACGAGGGAAGGUGCCAGACCAGCUGGUGAAACAACGUACUCCACUGACCCGACAGGAAAACUGGUGCGGCCCCGCUUCACACAGCCGGCCAAGAUGAGAAAGCGUGUGAUUGCCCGGCCAGUGGGAAGCUCAGUAAGGCUCAAAUGCACCGCAAGCGGCAACCCCAGACCUGACAUCGUCUGGUUGAAAAACAGCAGGCCUCUGACGCCCGAGGAGGUGGGCGAGGGCCGAAAGAAGAAGUGGACUCUCAGCCUGAAGAAUCUUACACCUGAACACAGUGGCAAGUACACAUGUCAUGUAUCCAACCGCGCCGGGGAGAUCAACGCCACCUAUAAAGUGGAAGUCAUCCAGCGCACAAAUUCCAAGCCCAUCUUGACAGGCACUCAUCCGGUAAACACUACAGUAGACUACGGUGGCACCACAUCUUUACAGUGUAAAGUACGCAGUGAUGUCAAGCCAGUUAUUCAGUGGCUAAAGAGGGUCGAACCAGGCAGUGAGAGCAAGUACAACUCCACCAUUGAGGUCGGAGACCAUCGCUUCGUUGUGUUGCCCACGGGUGAUGUGUGGUCACGACCAGACGGCUCCUAUUUGAACAAGCUACUUAUCACUCGAGCCAAGGAGGAGGACGCUGGCAUGUACAUCUGCCUGGGAGCCAAUACCAUGGGCUACAGCUUCCGCAGUGCCUUCCUUACUGUUCUGCCUGACCUAAAGCCACCAUUCUCCCCAAUCCCUUCGGUUCUCCCUCCCAGCCUUCCCUGGCCCGUCAUCAUCGGCAUCCCCGCGGGAGUGGUCUUCAUUUUGGGCACCAUCCUACUCUGGUUCUGCCAGUCCAGAAAGCACUGUUCCUCAGGAGCCAUAAUCUCAGGACAGACUUUACCCAAUGGCCAUCGACAGCCACCCAGAGAGCGGUCGCUCGCAGGUGCCGAUAAAGACUGCAUCGGCUCUGUCUCCUACGAGGAGUAUUUGGCUCAGCAGCAACAACAACAGCUUCUGCUGGCUCAAGCUGCUCCCAAAGUCUUCCCAAAAAUCUAUUCAGACAUUCACACACAUACUCACUCACACGUGGACGGCAAAAUUCACCAGCACCAACACAUCCACUACCAAUGUUAGCAGGUACUGAGGCCUUCAUACUUACAGUGCUCUGGUUCCUUCUUCAAAAAACUCCUCAGUUUCUGAUGCAACAUUGUGUCACUAAAAUAGGGCAGUGUGUUGGCCAGAAUGGGCAAGGUCUUCCUCAAAUGCACAUUUCUGCUCAAAAUCCAGAGAAUGGAAAGACAGUUGAGCCAUGUUGUUGCAAUCUAACCAGUCCCUCACUCUGAAUACCGCAAGCAUAAAGACAUUAUGAACAGUGAGGUGGAAAAGGGCAAGGCUAACAAACAAAUGACAAUAUUUGAUUCUGUUUUGAAACAGAAACAUUCACAGAAACAUUGUUGACAGCAAACACUUUUGUAUGUUUGUAUGGGACAAAAGACACACAUGUACUGUAACAGUUUAUAUCCUUUAAGACCGAUUUAACACAUGAGAGUGUAUGUUCGUGUUGUUUUUGUGGGUAUUGUCUACCUUUUUAAACUUUAAGAAAUGGUGUAGGUCCAGUCUAGUUUUCUGUCUAACUGUAUCUUUAAUGGAAAAAGAGUAUAUCUUUGAGCUCCCACUAUAUCGUAACUAAAGAUAUGAAGAGACUGUGGCAUUGUAUGUUCUGUCAAGGGUUCCUUGUGUUUUCAUGAACUUUGUAAUUUUAUUUUCAGGCCCUGCUCUGAAUAACCUGAGGUACCGCAAUCCCAUAGUUCCUCUAUGGCCUUGUUUUUUUUUUUUUUUUUUGUGAAAGGGGGGUUGUAUUUUCAUAAGCUUGACCACUAUAAUGAAGACUGUGUAAAAUGCCUUUGACUGCUCAUGUAAUGGCUUCAAUUUAAUAUUUACAGAAGUGAGUCAAGUUUCAAAAACAAACAAUAGACUGAAACUCAUUGUCCGUGCAUGUGUUUACCAUGAUGUUCAUGGUAAAAGUUCAAUGCUGAAAGGACUGCGGGAAUACAGGAAUGCACUUAACCCAGACAUCUGCUAGCUACUUCAGCAUAAAAACAUUCAGAAAUUCAUUGCCCGUUAUUUUAAGAAAGUCAGCCAAAAGAAGAAGCAUUGACAAACUUGAUUGAUUCUUAAAUAUUUUAUUUAUUUGUAAGCAAUAUUUUAAUGGUUUGAAUUGGGCAUUAUCUAGAUGUUUUAAACCAAAUAUGAGUAUACAUAACAUUGUCUUCCCUUAGCUGCAGUGUAAGCUAUGUAGCAUAGAUCAAGUGUUAAAUAUUUAAAUGUGCCGUUGAGAAAAAAACACAAUGGUUCUAAUUUGUUAUCUCUGUAUUGACAAUCUUGUACAGUCUGACCUGUUUUUAUGUUAUAAAAAUAUGUUUGUCACAUUGAAAAAUUAAAAUCAUUUUAUAAUUAUCAUAAAAUUAUAAAGUUCUUGUUUACCAGGUAUGAAAUUGUGAUGUGUAAUUUUAUAUUAAUGUGAUGAAAAUAUCUGCUGUUUCAAAUCUUUAUUUGUAAUAACAUAAAAUUUGUCCAAUUUGAAGUCUUGAAGAGACCACAUUUUAUUAGAACCUGGUAUUUUCCUAUCAGC